UUACGGCGCGCGGUCUCUCUUCCUCCGCCGGCGUUUCUUCGGCUUUGCGGGUUUGCUUUUACGGCACACAGGCAGAAAAGACAGCGCAUGUUUUCAUUCUCGAUUGUUCGAAUCAGUUCAGUCAGUCAGUUCAAUCGUCGGAGUAGUUUCUCGAUUUUACGAACAAAGCAGGCUACCGGAAGUUGUGGUCGGAACGCGGAAUUUCGGUGAGUUUUUCGUGGAAGUUUGCUGAUUCAUUCGCCCCCGUCUCGUUCGUGUGCAAAAAUGGCCUCCCGGGAAGAAGAGAAUCUUCCAGAGAACAAGAAGCUCGCGCGGAAGGAAAAGGAGCAGGGAAACGAGGCGUACAAAAAGAAGGACUUUGCGAGCGCCUUGGCCCAUUACAACGCGGCCCUGGGCCAUGACCCGACGGACAUCACAUUCCACAACAACAUUUCCGCGGUGUAUUUUGAGCAGAAAGAGUUCCAGCAAUGCAUCGCCGAGUGUGAAAAGGCCGUGGAGGUGGGUCGCGAGAACCGGGCCGAUUACAAACUGAUUGCGAAGGCGUUUACGCGGAUCGGUAACGCGUACCGGAAGCUGGAGGACUACAAAUCGGCCAAGACGUACUUCGAGAAGAGUCUGUCGGAACAUCGGACACCGGACGUGAAGGCGUUGCUCAGUGAAACCGAGAAGAAGAUCAAGGAGCAGGAACGGCUAGCGUACAUCGAUCCGGCCAAGGCCGACGAGGAAAAGGAAAAGGGCAACGACUUCUUCAAAAAGGGCGACUACAGCAACGCCGUGAAACACUACACGGAGGCCAUCGCCCGCAAUCCGGAUGACGCGAAACUGUACAGCAACAGGGCGGCCUGCUACACCAAACUGGCCGCGUUUGACCUUGGCCUUAAAGACUGCGAAACGUGCUGCAAACUGGACGAAACGUUCAUCAAGGGCUGGAUCCGCAAGGGUAAAAUCCUGCAGGUCAUGCAAAAGUCCUCGGAAGCGCAAACCGCGUACCAGAAGGCGCUCGAGAUCGACCCCAAGAACGCCGAAGCCCUGGAAGGAUACCGAGCUUGCACGAUGGCCGUGCAUUCCGACCCGAAAGAGGUCUGGAAAAAGGCCAUGCACGACCCGGAAGUGCAGCAAAUCCUCAAGGAUCCGGCCAUGCGUUUGAUCCUGGAGCAGAUGCAGAACGACCCCAAAGCCGUGCAAGAGCACCUCAAAAACCCGCAGGUGGCAUCCAAGAUCCAGAAGCUGCUCGAAUCGGGCAUCAUCCAAAUCUACUAAGAAUAGACCACCCCGCGCGAGUUGCGUGCGUGUGUGUGUUCGAGCAACCUCUUCAGCAGUGCUGGCGUUCCCAUUUUUGCGCAGUUUCAUUUUCUCUUUUUCUUUUUAACGUUAUCACUUUACGAUUUUUCCUUGAGAUAAGAGUGAAAAAAAACAGCAGCAAAGAAAACAAACAAGCAAGCAAAGCAAAACCGUAACCACUAGUAGCAACAAAUUAGAUACAACAACAUUUACAAACUAUAUGGAACAGAAAACAAACAAACAAUAUGCUUCAACAAAUGAGUACCGAAUAACUGACAAAUUGAUAAUAAAUUUUAAGUGCGCGCGACAGGAAGAGAGUGGACGGAAGAAGGUAGGAGAAGUAAAAAAGAAAACAUUGCCUAGGUAAAACAACAAAUAAAAAUCAUUGCUAUUAUUAAAAACAAACAAAAAACGAAUGGAAUAGUUACAAACUAGCCAGGUACAUACUGAAGUAAUAUUUGAAAUAAAGCUAGGAUUACUAUCAGA